AUGAUGUCUAUCCAUGGUAGUUCUACAAGACUCUUUCACAUGGGACAUUCGCACAGUCAUCACGAUCAUCAUGACAGCAACAAUGACAAUGAUGACGAAGCACAGCAACAUGCGCUGACGCCUCAACAAAAACAGAUGCGCUUGCGGCGAAAGAUUGCCUUGGUGACGGUCGUUUGGAUGGCAACUUGUGGCUCGGCCUUGAUUUGGAAAGGUAGGCUGGCCAAAUCGGAUUGGAUGGCCUUUGGGAUUGCCUCCGUGGCCUUUUCCAGUGCCGACAAGACGCGACGGGCCAUUCGAAGUUACAUUCAAAAAUUGGCCCGUCUCAAGGAUGGAAUUGUCAAGCAUUCUCCAAGGAUCGACUACAAUUUGAUUGCGGACAGCAGCAGCAGCAGUAGUAGUAGUAGCACUAGCAAUGAGAACAACAAUCAUUACAAUGGCAUGUCCUCCUCCUCCUCUUCCGCCAACCACAAUAAUAACAAUCAUAAUUCAGGAGCAUCCAAUGACAAACUACGCAAUGACGCCCGAGACGCCGAUCGCGUCACAUGGCUCGGGGCCGUCAUCAAUUUGGUGCUGAGUGUCGGCAAAUUGGUCAUUGGGAUUACCCAACAUUCGUCCGCCUUGGUGGCCGACGCGGGACAUUCUCUCAGUGAUUUGGUGAGCGAUUUCAUCACGCUGUGGACGGUCAAGGUGGCACGAUUGCCCGCCGACGAAGAUCAUCCGUACGGACAUUGGAAGUUUGAAGCGAUUGGGUCGCUCUUUUUGAGUUUGACCUUGAUUGCGACGGCCAUUUCCGUGGGAGUCAUGGCCAAUAAACAAUUGAUUGAAAUAUUGCAUUCUUCCUCGUCGUCGGGUACAGCUGCCAAAGCUGCUGCGGUUGCUGCGCAUGGUGGACAUGGUCAUUCCCACAUGAUUGUCCCCGGCAAAUUGGCAUUGGUCAUGGCGGCCAUUUCCAUUGCCUCCAAAGAAUGGUUGUACCGAAUUACCAAAAAGGUGGGAGAAAAGAUUCGUUCCCAAGUGGUCAUUGCCAAUGCCUGGCAUCAUCGAUCGGAUGCCUAUUCCAGUAUUUUGGCAUUGCUGUCCAUUGCUUGGGCGCGCACGGGAGUCUUGGCGGCCGAUGCGGCGGCUGGAUUGUUGGUGGCUGGUAUGAUUGGCAUGACGGGGGGAGAAAUUCUUAUGGAAAGUGUUCAACAAUUAUCGGAUGGGGCCACGCCAUGGUUGCAAAAGGAAUGUGAAGAGCACUGUCAAGAGUUAUGGAAAAAAGAUUCUGACGAUGUCGAUCAAAUAUCCUUUGUCAAGGCACGACAAGUGGGAAGUCUCAGUUUGGUGGAAGUGGAAUUGUUGUGUCCGCCUCACUUGUCCACGACGGCAUCAAGGGCGGUGGAAGAACGAUGGAACUUUUGGUUGGGAGAAUUGUAUGGAUACGAAGCUACGGUCCAUACCAGACCAACAACUACCAAUGACAAUGAUUUGAUUGUUCGUCCAUUGCUCGAACAGCAACGGGAAAUGGAUUCCGCAGCGGCGGGGCAAGUGGUGGGGCAACAAAAUCAAAAACAACAUGGUCACGACCACAAUCAUGACGAUUCUUCAACAACUAAUCCUGCUAGUACUAGUACUAGCAGUAAUGGUACACUCCAAGACUUUACUGUCAUGAAGACUACUCACAAUGGCAUGGCGAUGGAGGAUGGCAACAGCAGCAGCAGCAGCUCCUCGUCUGUUCCCAUUAUGACGACCAGCGCUGGAAAAAUUGAAACCUUGGCGCGAAAACAAGUCAGUCUAUUUGGAGGUGGAAGUCAAGUGGAACGAGUGACGGUUCAUUACAAUCCAGGAUAUGAAACCAGUGUGGAUAUUAUCUUGUCGUCACCACCACUGUCGGCUGCAACGUCUUCUAGUACGAAUACGCCGCCAUCGCCUCUGACGGAAGAAUCCUUGCCCAAUUUGGUGGAGAAUGGAGCUACGCUAAAAGAAUCAUUACAGUCACUUAUCGAGAUUGACAAUGCCAAUAUCUAUUGGGAUUUGUCAUCCAUUUCACUACCAGGAGCUAAGAAAAAGAUGGCACCUUGA